AUGGCGUCGAUGAAGCUGCAUUUUGGAUGCUACGAAGGGACAUGGUGCGAGGAGCAGAAUGCCUUUCCGAGUGAAAUCUUGGCCAAUGCCUCGCUGGCCCGCAUCUGCUACCCGCGUCCGUUGAAGACCUACAUCCUCGGCAAGGGCAGAUACAAGCCGUGGUGCACCGAUCCUCACGGCAAUCAGUUCGAGCCGAAGAAUGUGGCGAGUUGGGGAUGUAUGGUACUGCCGUUCUGCAAACUGGACCAACCGGGAGAAUUCGAUGAACAAAAAUACCUGAGACCUGUAGCUGAAAACGGAGAUCUGCUGAACUGCAUGGAUAUUUGUCCAAGAAACGAAAAUGGCCGUGGAUUGACGGACAAACCGGAUUGUCGACCCAUCCCUAGCAAUCCGGAAAACGACUAUUUCGGUGUUCUCAGCAUUACGGAAAAGAUGGAUUGGUGUGACGCGGAGAAGUCGACUCACAAAGACCCGUGGUCACUCAACCCACCGUGCAAUCCGAUUCCGCAGUGUCGAGGAAAUGUCGAAGGACGUGCUCCGGAUGCGAGGGAUUGGCGCAAGAAUCUGCUCUACUACCAGAAAAAUGUCGACGGGGUCCCAUGCGUCGUCUACAAGCAGUGCAGUGCUUUGACGGAAGAGGAGAGGAUGAAGUACCAUUGCGUCGGCUCGGCCAUGACAACAAGCACGACAAAAGCCUCGACGACGACAACGGCAAAGACGACUGCAAAGACAACGACCGAGAAACCGAAUGACGGGCUGGGGGAUGAGGUCAUCUUGAUUGCAGCACUGGGCGGCGGCCUCUGCCUGUUCCUCAUGGUGACCGUCAUCGUAUUGUGCUGCUGUCUGAAGAAGAAGGACAAGGGCCCGAAGGGAAAGAAGCCCAUCGUCGAUGACAUGAUGAACGUCGGCGCUGGCUCGGCGGUCGUCGACCUCGACGAAAAGAUGGAUUGGUGUGACGCGGAGAAGUCGACUCACAAAGACCCGUGGUCACUCAACCCACCGUGCAAUCCGAUUCCGCAGUGUCGAGGAAAUGUCGAAGGACGUGCUCCGGAUGCGAGGGAUUGGCGCAAGAAUCUGCUCUACUACCAGAAAAAUGUCGACGGGGUCCCAUGCGUCGUCUACAAGCAGUGCAGUGCUUUGACGGAAGAGGAGAGGAUGAAGUACCAUUGCGUCGGCUCGGCCAUGACAACAAGCACGACAAAAGCCUCGACGACGACAACGGCAAAGACGACUGCAAAGACAACGACCGAGAAACCGAAUGACGGGCUGGGGGAUGAGGUCAUCUUGAUUGCAGCACUGGGCGGCGGCCUCUGCCUGUUCCUCAUGGUGACCGUCAUCGUAUUGUGCUGCUGUCUGAAGAAGAAGGACAAGGGCCCGAAGGGAAAGAAGCCCAUCGUCGAUGACAUGAUGAACGUCGGCGCUGGCUCGGCGGUCGUCGACCUCGACGUGGCGCCGAUCAGCAACACCGAGGAGGGAGCAACGGAUGCUAGUGAAAGCACUGCCGCAAAGUGUAAAACCAUCCGACUACACGUCUUCAGCUACCCGACACAA